AUGGCCUAUUUACUAAAGUAUUAUACAUUUUCUGCAAAAAUUAAAACAUUAAGUGAGUUUCACACAAGAAUUGCAACAAACCAACAAAUACCAAGUAAUGCCGAAAUAAUAACAACAUUACGAUAUUUUCAGCAAACACUUGUUGGAUUUCUUAAAGAACUUCCACAAGAUAAGCGGUAUAUAUUAAAAAAAUACACGCCUGAAGUAAGCAGACAAUCAGUUUUUCCAAAUUUAAAUUAUUCUGGAUUAUUAUAUGGUUUAAUAAAUCUUUUAGAUAUUUUCCCUCAAAUAACAUCAGGCCAACAAGCAAUUGGUGAAGCAAUAUUAGAUGUUUUCCGGGCGUUGUACUACUUUUUGGAUCGUGAAAAUUUGGAUCAAUUACCUUAUGCUAUUUGUUCACUUCUGGAAAUAUUUCCUGAUGAAUUAGGAAGAAGAAUUGUACAUGUUGUUUGUGAUUGUAUCAUGCCAUAUUUAUUAACAGAUGAUGGAGCAGGAGAACCAAAUAUUAUAAUUGUACUUUUAAUGAUAUUUCAAUAUAAUAAAAAUAGAUCAUUUCACACUUGGGCAUUAGAAUCAUUUAUGGGAAUAAAAAAUGAUUUAUAUAGUGAUGUUAUAAAAGUUAUUGCUAAAGGUUCUUCUGAAUCAAGAAUCACAGCAGCAAAUUUACUUUUUCAUUAUUGGCCAAUAAAUAAUCCAAAUAUUUUGCAUAGAAAACAAAUUCAAUAUCGUGUUCAGGCAUGGAGUCCAGUAAAAUGUGAAAUAUUAAAUUGUAAUGAUAAAGCACAAAGUGUUAAAGUUUGUUAUGAUCCAGAAAUUUGUGCAAAAUAUGGUGAUUUAGCACCACCAUUAUUUAUAUGUAAAGGAUGUUCUUCUGAUAUACAAUCAGAAGUUCCAUUAAAAUAUAUUCAACAACCAAUGACUUCUGCUAAUAUAGUUAUAUGUCAAAACAAAGGCUGUGAAUCUUCAAAUAGAAUGGCAGUAGGUACAUGCUUUGAUGAAGAUUGUAUUCGAGCUCAUUCUUUUGUUCCAAUAAGACUUUGUCAAGAAUGUAUAACAUGCCUUCAUGAAGGAAAAACAAAUAAACAUAGAAGACAAAUGACAAUUCAAAAUAUUUGGGGAAAUCCAAUAGAAUUUUUAAUGAUUGAAGCAAUUGUUAAAUUAUUAAAAGAAACAUCUUAUCAAUUAGAAUCAUCAGAAGUUGAUGUUAAACGACCAAAAUGGCUUCGUCAAUUGGAAGCAGGGCAAACAAUAGGAACAGAUGUUGAUACAAUGAAUGAUGAAAGAAGAAUGUUAAGUCGAUUUGGUGUUUGGAUGAUGUCUGCAUUAUGUCCACCAACAAUAGAUGCAACUAAAGAAUCUGUUGGUUAUAUACUUGCAAUGAUAUUUCAAUGGUUUACAACAACUGCACUUUUACCUAAUGAUACUAUGGGUUCACAAUUGGAACAAUUGAAGGUUGAUUUUGUUUCAAAUUGGGUAAAUAUGGCUUUAACAAACCACUAUGAUGUGUUUAUAGAAAUUUUAAGUCCAAAUUUACCAGAAUACGGUAAAGUUGGUGGUAUUUGGGACAAAUUAUGUCAUAAAAAAGAACAAAUGAAAGAAGGAUUAUCAAAAUUGUUAGCAUUAAUGCCAUAUGAUAUUAUUUCAUUAGAUGCAUGGAAUAAAUUGAUGCCAUUAUGGCUUCAAGCAAUGUGUCAAGAUAUAAGUGAUGAUGAAAUUAAUGAUUUAAAAAUAUUAUUAUGUAAAAUUUUUGAACCAGAUUUAUGUCCAUUACCAUUCGAAACUGAAAAAGUUUAUGGAUUUAUGUCAGAUCGUUUAGAAAAUGGUGAUAAAGAUGACAUUUUAAAUGUACUUCAAUGGUUACAUCUUUUAACAAGAAUAGAUAUAACAAUACAAUUAAAUAUGCUUCUUGAUAUGUUUAAUAAAUGUGCUUUACAUUUAAUGAAAGAAAAUUUUUUUAUUUGUGCUAAUUCUAUACCUGAAGAUGAGAUAAAUGAUUUGGAACCAGUUGAUAGUCCUUUAUUAAUUCAAGUUAUAAUGUCAGAUAUUUUAUUAAAACAAAUGGAAUUAAAUACUGGAAAUGAAAAUUCUUUUAAUGAUAUAACAAAAAAAAUAUUUCACAUAGAAGCAUUACUUUUAGAUUAUCCUAUUGUAAAAGUUAACGAUUCAGAAGGUACUAUAAAAAAUGGUCAUACAUGUCAAAAUCCAGAAACAGAUCAAUUUGCUGAUUGUGAUUUUUGCCAACAAGCUGUUUUUUUAUAUCAAUCAUUAAUGGAACUUUUAAUAAAAAUUGUACCUCAAAAUGAAAUUGAUUUUAGAAAGUUAGAAGAAGAAGAAAUGGAAAGAAAUGCUUAUAAUUCAGAUCAAAAUUAUACAAAUGAUGGUAAUAUUAAACAAUCUAAAGGUUCUAGUGCAUUAUCACCUUUACUAUCAUUUGAUGCUUCUGGAACAAUAAUAAAUACUUCACUUAUGUCAACAUUAUCUGGAGGUGGUAUAACACAAGGAAAUGUUUUAUCUCCAACAAGUGGAAAUAGUGAAUUUACUGAAGCUAUUUUAUCAUCAUCAGAUGUUAUAGAAUUAGCUGAACCUCCACCUUUACCAUUAGUAGAUGAUGAUGAAGUUUCAAAAAAUGAAACUAAAGUAGAGUCACUCUCUACUGGAGAUGAAUCUAAAAAUGAAAGUAAUUCUAAUUGUGAUAGUGAUGGUAUUGAUAAUUUGAAUAAUAGACAAAUAUGGAAAACUGCAGCUGGAAAAUUUAAAUUUAAAUUAUGUGAUUUACCAUCACAACUUCGAUUAAUUUAUUCUUUAUUAAAAAAUAUUGAUAAAGAAGUAGAUCCUGAUGCACAAUAUUUUUUAUUAGAAUGUCUUAAAUAUCUUUGUUUGCAUUAUGAUUCUUUUAGUAAACUUAAAAAAGAACAUCGUGGUUUUAUAAUAUGGCUUCAAGAAAAUUUACUAAUACCAAAACUUUAUACACUUCUUCGUAGUGAUUAUUCACAAGUUGGUCAAUUAGCAGUUAAAUUAAUAAGUUAUGCUAUAACACUACCCUAUGGAGAAGAAAUUUUUUGGAAUAUUAUAAAUGAUGAAUUUACUAGUGAAGAUUGGAAAAUACGUUUUAAAGCUGUAGAAAGAGUUUUUAUUUUAGCACAUUUUGUUGCUAUAAAACCUUUAAAAUUAAACAAACUACUUAUGACAAGUUUAUCUUGUGCAUUUUGUCAUCUUAUCAUUAGUGCAAAUGAUCCUAAUUGUUCUGUAUCACAAAGAGCAAUAUUAUCAAUACAAGCACUUCCAUCUACAUCUCUUCAAAUUAUAAGUUUAUGUUUAGAAGCUCAAUUUGAUUCAUGUAUUAUUGAUAGACCUCUCAUUAUUCAACGGUUACAACUAUUAACACAACUUAUACCAAAUGAUCAACAAAUAUUAUCAUGGGACUUUUUUAUUCAACAUUUUGAAACAUUAGCUUUAGAAGCACAAAUAAAAAAUCAAGGUGGUGAAAGUACUUUUGUACAAGAUUUACUUCAUACAAAUCCAACAUCAGAUUUAUAUCAAAAAAAAGUAACUAAAGCACGUAAAAGUUUAAAUGAAGCUAGUCAUGUUAGAAGUAUUGUUAAAUCAUUAAGAAUUAAUUCAUUAAAACAUCAAUUAUCUACAAGUAUUAAAGAAAAUGAUAUUCAAAAGGAGGAAGCUGCCAAAGCUUCAAGUCGACGAGGUCGUAGAAGUGCUAUUCGUGAUAGUACGCUAGGCACAACUGCACGCUUCAAAUUGAAAAAAGUAUUAAUGUAUCUUAGAGUAAUAGGAGCUUUUAAAAAAGUUGGUGGCUCCCUUUCUGCUGCAAAUUUUUUUUCUAGUAAUAUUUUUUCAAGAAGAAGUCCAUCCCCAGGACCUGAGCAAAAAGAGAUUUGUGGUGAAUUAGAAAAUGUUAAUGGAAUUAAUAAUUUAUUUAAAUUUUCAAAUGGUUUAUCUACAAAUGAUGAAAGAAGUAGUCAAAAAAAUGAUGGAAAAUCUUCUGCUUGUCAGGAUUCUGGGGAGGGUGUUAACGAGAAAGCUUCAAUUACAUAUUAUAAAAGUGAUCAAAAUGAAAAUUCUCCUAGUUCUAGAGAAGGUUUAAUUGAAGGAAGUGGAAGAACAAACAAUAAAAAGUAUACUUGUGGAGGUGGUGUAAAAGAUUAUGUAGAAGAAGAGACAAAUUUAUGUUUAUUAUUAAAUCGUGUUGUAGAUCUUGAAAAUCCAGAAAGACAUACAUUAUAUUUAAUUAUUUCAUUAUUUUGUGAUUUUCUUUGUAAUACUAAAUCAGCAUGUGAUGAAAAGUCAGCUGCAAAAAAACAAAGUAUACUUUUACGUCAUUUUAAUACAUUAUUAGGAUAUUCACAUUCUGAAAAAUGUUUUAUUGUUCCUGCUAUAAGAUUAAGAAAAUCUGCAGUAUGUAAUGCUUUUAUGAAUGGUUUACCAGAAAUAUUAGAUUGUAAUCUUCUUAUUGGUAAUCAAAUGCUUCUUAUAAUAGUUCAACUUUUACAUCAUUUACCAUCACCUAAUACUUUAAUAAAUCAAACACAAAAUGAUCAAUAUACUUUAUCACUAUUAACUCCAUUAGUUAGACAAACAUGGUUAAAUACUUUAAUUCUAAUUUUAUAUAAAUAUCGUUUUGAUAAUCCUCCAAUAUCAGAUAUAAUGAUAAAACUAAUUAAUAUUGUUCUUGGAACAUUAGAUCUUCAAUGUCAUACUUGUACUGUUGGAAAGAUUAAUAAUGAUGAUUUAAUUGAUUGGAGUGAAUAUUCUGAUGAAUCUGGAGCAUCAGAUAUAGAAGAAUAUUCUAUUAAUCCAGCCUCUGAAACAAUAUUAGAAGAAGUAGAAGAAGGAACAAGUACAUAUUCACUUACAAAGAAUGUUGAUGAUGAAGAAUGUGAAAAAACUUUAAAAAUAUCAAGUAUUGUUGAUGAAAAUGUAGGAGAAAAAUUAUCGAUGAGUAGACCAAAUUCAUUAACAGCAAUAUCUAUAAAAUCAAAAGAUUUUACCUCUACUAAUACAUUUUCUGAUAAAAUUGAAUACCAAAAACUUAAAGAUAGAAGUUCAAACUAUAGAAAAAAGAAAGAUCAUGUUAUAAUGAAAAAAACAAAAAAAAUAAAAAAUGUAUCUUCUCAACCAAAUUAUAAUGAAUUAGUAGAGUUUCGUUGUGGAAAUUGUAAUGAACCAUUAAAAAAUUUUGAUGAGGAAAGUUUAUCUUUGUGUGUUAUUGCUUUAGAAACAUUUUGUCAACGUGAACCAACAAUGGCUGCUCCAAUAUUAUUAAAAAUUUUAAUGACUGUAAGUAAAUUUAUUGAAACACCCUUAUAUUCAUGGCAUGAAACAACAUUAUUUGUUCCUGGUAAUUCAAGAUCAACAGCAAAACAACUUUUAAGAGUUAUUUUUCAUCAGCUUUCAAAUUGUGGAAUUGCUUAUCAAUUAUUUGAUAGUAAAAUUGAAAAUCCUAUACGUUUCUGGACAACAGUUUCAUUUUCUUUGACUGAUUUUAAUGAAUUAAAUCCAAUUUCAUUAAUAAAUUGUUUACUAGAAGAUUUAAGUAAUGAUUGGCCACAAAAUAAUAGAUUAGGAAGAGCUUUAUUUAAUUUAGCUGCUUAUGUUCAGACAUUACCAACAGAUAAUUAUUUAAAUACCUGGUCAACAGCUGUAUCUCUAUUAGAAACAUUUUUUAGAAAAUAUUAUUCUAGUAUAAUAUCUAGUGGAGAUAAUGGAAAUCAAGGAGAAGAAAAAAUAACAUCAGAAUUAAAAUGUUCUAUAAUUGUUAUGAAAAAAGUUAUGAAAAUUCAAAAUUUUUCAACAUUUAAAAGUUCUGCUUCAUUAGUUGAAGCAUAUUCUAAAUGGUUAACUGAAAGUUUACAUCAUACUAAAAUUGAUUUAAUUGAUUUACUUGGAAUUUGUACUGCUUGUAAUAGAGCUUUAAUACGUGAACGUGAUAAACAAUGUAUAACUAAAGCUGUUGUUUUUGAAUUAAUUCAAGCUAUUAAAUUUAAAGUUAAAUUACAUGAAAAUAAUUAUCUUAGAAUUGUUGAUUUAAUUCUUCAAGAUACAGGUGAAUUAGUAUCUGUUGAAAUUACAGAUGAUCAAUAUAAUACAGGAGCAUCAGAUGCUGUAAAACCUUAUAUGAAUGAUAUUUUAGAAUUUGUUGCUGAGAUACAUGUAUUAUCACGAUUAAAAAAACAAACAAAAACUGACUCUGUUGGUGGAGAAUUUAAAGCAGGUUUAGCAAAAAUUGUAGCUGUAGAAAUGUCAAGAAAUUCAGGAAGAGAUAAUAGACCUGUUAUAAGAUAUAUUCCAUGGUUAUUAUCACCACCAAAUGUAACACAAGCUGCACCAGGUGCAUUUGCUGAAUCUGUGACAAAUGUUAGAAUAUUAUCAUGGCUUUUACUUGGAGCUUUACAUUCAAAAGCAGGUUGUACUCCUAUUCCUAUUGAAUCAUCAAAUCAGAUGGCUGAUUAUAUUCAUUUUGUUUUAGCUGGAUUUGCUGAUCAAUCAAAACAAUCAGUUGUCCAUAUGUCAGCUUUAUUUCAUGCUUUUCAUUUAUGCCAAAUAUGGACUGUUUAUUGUGAACAGCAUGCCAUAACAUGUAAUUCUUCAGAUGUUGCCACAAAGACAAUGAAUUAUAUACUAGAUUUUUGGAGUCGUGUAACUCCAGCAAUUCUUCAAUUACUUUCUCAUUCAAAAGUAUUAGCAGAUAUGGUUAAUCUUCAUUUUGUUAAUACAAUGCAAGCACUUCAACAAGUAAAUUCAGCUGUCCUCUGUCAAUUAUAUCCUAUGUGGCAACCAAUACUUACAGCAUACCAUAAUCAAAUACCUACUCAAUUAAGAGUUAAAUUAGAAGCAUGUGAAAAUCAACCUUCAUUACAAAUACAUGAUAUUUAUUCAUGGAUAAAAAGAGUUAGAUUUAAAAUUAGUCAAAUAGAACUUCAAACUAGUGCUGCAUCACCAUUUUAUAAUGUAUAG